UGGAUAAGGGUUGAUUCUCUGAUGGUUCAGAAUGACUUUGAACAGCCUGGAGAAGCAUCUGAAAAUAACACUAUUCGUUGGCUACAUCUUCGGAUACAUAAUGCUAGUCUUUAUCAAGACCAAGACGUGCUCGUUAAUCCAGAUUUUCUCCAGGUUAGUUGUGGCGAUAUUCUGCGACUUUCAAAACCAGGAGAAUCAGAAGGAGCGUGUUUUUUGAAAGUAACCGAUAGGACUAGUAUUCAAGGCACCAAAACUGAAAUCAGUAUUUCCCAAAAUAUUGCGGAGAGUUUUCAGUUUACAGGACACAGUUUGAUACAAGUUGCCAAUCUCGGUCCGCGAGUGAAGCCUAUUAGUUUUGUCGAGGUUUUGGUCAAAAAUCAAUAUCUUAGUUCCAGUGAAAUGUGGCGUCUUAAGUUUCUCCUGAAUGGUCAGUGUAUUUAUUCAGGAAAAAUACUCUUUCUAGAUCGUAUACAAGCAAGUGUCAAAUCUCUUUUCAUGGAUACUUUGCAAGUGAAGUCUGGUCUAAUUGGCCAUGAAACCAAGUUCAACUUUCGUUCGCAGAGUGCAAAGAUUGUUUGGCUUAUUGAAUUUUCCAAAGAGUUAUGGGAGGAGACAAUGGAUGGCAGACUUUAUUUUGAGCUCGUUGUUGAAUUGAUGGAGCGCAUAUUAGAAAGAUGGAAUAGUGAUGGUCUUCGGCAUAUAUUGAGCAUUGUUGUAUUCAGUCGAGUUUUCUAUAAUAAUCUUUGGGAAGCCGGAUUUUCCUCUAAACCUUUAUUGAAUCGGAAAGACUCACAUCGUUCCGUACAUGUUCUAACGGAUGAAAAUAAUAGACCAUAUAGUGAUCUCUAUUUUCCCUUGUUGACAAAUGAACGAGUUGGCCAUUCAAAGAGUAUCGUUCCUAGAGUUGUUGGAUCUUUGAAACGACUAUUUUAUCGUUUUCCCCUAUUGAUUGGGUCAUCUUUAUUGCUAGAACGAUUUGAAUAUACGACAAAUGUUGAUUACGAUGAAACGAAAUUCUCGUUACUGUUGCCUGGAACUGCCGAAAAUUCUUGGAGUGAAGAAAGCAAUUUGUUGGAAGCGUUCAAUGUCUGUUUGAAUGAUUUUGAACGUCAUUUUAUUGACCGAGAACUAAAAGCAACUGGAAAUCACGUGGUAAUAUUUACCGCCAGUCGAGGAGUCUGGAAAGUACAUGAGAACCUUAUAAAGCUAACGAAACGACGUCUAAUGAGCAACGGAGUAGGAUGGGAGAUAUUAUCUGUAGGAGUUCCCAUUACUGACCAAGCACCCAUAUUCAUUUUGCAACCUUCCAAGAACCAAAUGGAACAUACGAGCAAGAUGUGGAAGAAUCGUGAAGAAAAUCCAAAUAUUUUGAUGCAUUUAUCUCGAUCUAUAUCGAUUGCACAAAUGGAGAGAACAGCAAAGAUGGGGACCAUAUAUUACAAGUUUCCUAAGGAAUGGUUUCCAUUAAGAUUUAUCGGACCUCGUUUCCCGUCAUCUUUAGCCAAAACUGCAUCACCUCGAAACGAAAUAAGAAUCUAUAUGGAGGAUUUUUCUAAUGACCUUGAACUGGAAUCUAGUAACUUUGUUACAGCCAUGCACAUUCAUGAUAAUCGCGUUGCGGUAGCAAAUGCCAAGCAUUCACAAGUGGCUUUGCUUAGCAAAUUGCCUCGUUCGACAAGUGUUGAUUUGUUUCAUUCGACAAAAUCCAGGGAAGAACAGAAAAGAAACCCUAGUUAUGAAAUUUAUACAACCUAUGGAAAGUUUUUUGACAUGACAAGAAAAUCGAUUUAUAGGAAUCAUCUAUCGGCAGUGGAGUUGUUGAAGGAUUCUCAAACCAAGCUUAAUUCAAAUCGUACAAGAUGGGCUCAUAGCAUCUUUCCCUUCACUUCGGAUACUAACUUUCCUACCUUUUCCCUUGAAGACAUCAAACCUUGGAUUGAGUAUGAAACAUGCGAAGAACCUCCUUCUAUAGAUAUACAAAGGCGAAUCAUGUGGAAUAAUUUGUUAGAGCCAAGUGUUCUUCCAUUGACGACUGAGUUUGCUCCUAAUUCUAUUUUUUCGAAGAGUUACUUUUUACAGUAUUUGUAUACAUUACCUUUACCUUCAAAGUCAAAAUCGGAUCCACAACUAUUUAGUGAAAGCGCAAGGGCUCUCGUAAAGGAGCUAGUAGUGGUACAUCUGAGUGAUGAAAUCUUUUGGAAAAAUUUGGCGUCUCCUGAAUUAUACGAGAGAACCAUGGAACGUCAUGCCAAGUCUUCCAGUAGAAGGCAGAAAUCCAGUUUUCCUGGCGAAGAUAUCGGCCAAAUCCGCUGUGUUCUUGCGAAAGGAAGAGAAUAUCACGAGUUGACGGUUAACCCGGAGAACUAUACGGUGCAAGUCAGAAGAUUUGUAAGGGUGGAUGCUCCUGAGAAGAGCAUUCCUUCUUUUCAUUAUCGUUAUAAUCUCUUCUGUACAAAUAGCAGUCGUUUCGUUAUUAAAACUGGAUCUUUCUCUGUACAAACGGACUCCAUUAAUUGGAAUAGGCUGGAUCAAAUACUCGUAGAAGGACAGGUGUUACCAUGUACAUCUGAAAUUUUAAUGAAAGAGCUGCAAGCACGUGUAGUCCGAUUUGCUAUUAUUCCAAAUGGGAACAAAUCAACGGAAUGCAUUUCCCAAUUUUUACGUUCGAUCACGAGAGGCGAAAUCGGAUUUGAACAACUUCCUUCAGAGUCCCUGGAUGGUUAUCGGAGCAAUGAAGAACAGUUCUUUACCAAGCUUGAUAUGGGAAUGUUUAAGGGAGCUAGACAUGAAUGGAUCAUUUUAGGUGUUGAUAAGUUUCUUGUACCAUCUGCUGCCUUUCACUGGUCUUUGUAUUGGCUUGUUUGUGAAGGGGGUGUUGUAGAGGACUAUAUCCAAUUUUGUUUUCGUCGGGCAAAGCUACAAGGCUUGACUUGUUGCAGAGUUCCAUUUGAUUUCGUGAAUUCUCAGUCUUCAUGGACCAUUUCUACUGUUUGGUACAAUAUAAACGUUGUUUUAUGGAAACAAGCUAUAGAAAUGGUUAUCCUGGAGGCGGGGCUUUUCUUAGAUAAAAGGGAUACGGAAAAUGUUUACUUUGUACAUCAAACUGGUAGGAAAAGGAUUUUAGUCGUAUUUAGAGCUGAUGAAAUGCAAAGGAGGUUGUAUGGUACAAUGGAACAAAGAGACGGAGAGUGUUUACUGGAGGGAAUCAAAUGUCGUUGAAAAUACUCACAGCUCAAGGAAGCAUGUUUUUCAUUCCAUCAACAAUACGAUUUAUUUGUCCAAAUUUGUGCAAACUGUGGUACUUGAUAUUAUUCAUAACAUU